GCGCGGCAGGGGCGGGCGCCGGGGUGCGGCCGGGUGGAGGGUCUGCCGCCGCCCCGGGAGCAGCGGCCGGCGGCGGUGCGGGAGCCAACAGUAAUGAAUAAGGCCUUGCCAGAAUCUCUAAAAGGUAAAUGGCAGGACAGAAAGCAGUGUGAAAACUUUGAACGGCACUGAGAAGUCCAACCCUGUUAAAUGAAAAUCUUGGUGCAACUGUUCUGGAAUAAUAUAUGCAGUACUUCUGUCAGCUUUUGCUGGACUUUGUUUCUGGGUAAAGAAUGCAGACUAUAAAGUGUGUAGUUGUUGGAGAUGGUGCUGUGGGAAAAACAUGUCUUCUCAUCAGCUAUACCACCAAUGCCUUCCCGGAAGAGUACAUCCCUACUGUGUUUGACAACUACAGUGCCCAAAUGACCGUUGAUGGCCGGACAGUUAGCCUGAAUCUCUGGGACACUGCAGGCCAGGAGGAAUAUGACCGCCUGCGCACGCUCUCGUAUCCUCAAACCAAUGUAUUCGUCAUCUGUUUCUCCAUUGGUAGCCCCUCUUCCUAUGCAAAUGUGAGGCACAAAUGGCAUCCUGAAGUUUCUCACCACUGUCCAAAUGUUCCCAUUCUUUUAGUGGGCACGAAGAGAGACUUGAGAAAUGACCUGGAAACAGUUAAAAAGUUGAAAGAGCAAAGUUUGGCUCCCACUACCCCGCAGCAGGGGACUUCGCUGGCUAAACAAAUUGGAGCAGUCAAAUAUUUGGAGUGCUCAGCGUUGAAUCAGGAAGGUGUUCGGGAGGUGUUUGCUGAAGCUGUGCGUGCAGUUCUGUAUCCUGUGACAAAGAAGAACACAAGAAAAUGUGUCUUAUUGUAGUUACCUUGGGUGAUGGAUGUUCGAAGUUGAAUAUUGACUAGAAUCUUGGAGGGCUCUUUAAUGAAUUAAAUUGAAGAUUUGCAUCUUGCACUAACAGCUCUAAGCAGAAACGGUUUAUGCAACGAAAAUUCUUGCAGUCUUAUUGCUUCAGGGAAACUGAAACAGAACAGUUUUGUUUUUGUUUUGGUUUUUUUUUUACACAACUGAGAGGUCAAAUACCUACUUUAUUUCUAAAGUUCCAGUCUUCAGCUUCUCCACGGAUCACUUGGCUUCUGUCCUUAUUUAGUGGAGGAAAAUAAAAGACGGGAGUUCUUUGAAGCCAGACUUCUUUACUAGAUAGCUAUCAGUUACUAGACUUGCUGAAAAGCACAAAUUCUGAUAACUUUGCUUUAAGCAUAGCUGCUGCUUUUUCCAUCCCUUCUUUACUGAUGGAAUUUGUUUUACGAAUAGAAUUCUGACUGUCCAGUUGUUUUAAUUUGUCAAUUUAAAGCUUGAAAACAAUUUGUUUACAUGCAAAAAUGCCUGAAAUAUUACUGAGAUUCACCUUAUAGUGAACUGUGAUCAUUUUAUAUGAAGAGUUAGCAUAAGGCAUGUUUAAUGCAAUGAGCAAGACCCAGGGAACACCUGCAAUGAUUUUAUUAAUAGAAGCAGGAGCUGAUUUCUCCUAAUGUAAGGAACUUACAGUAAUGAUGAAUCACUCAAAUGGGUGAUUUUCAUACUUUUGAAUUGGAGAGGUGGAAGAGUAGUUUAGAUGCAAAUCUUCCAUAAUCUUCUAAACUGAGUUUUUAUUUCACUCUCCAGUGAGACUUUGCACCUUGAGAAUAAAGUCAACAGUUAUGUUCUUGGACCGACAGAGGUAGUUAGGAUGACACUUCUCAAAAUGAGAUUUUCAGUGUGAUCCCUUUGAAUCCCAGAGACUUGACAGCUGCCCGUUUGUUCUUGAGGAAUUCAUUGCUUCACUUCUUAAUGUUCUGGGGGCCACCACCUGAGAUUUUUACGUCAAAUUCCUUUGUUGUUUUUCUAGAACACUGACAAAAUUUGGAGGUUCUAUUUAGAGGAACCAGGAACCCUUGCUUCUUCCUGGCAACUCACUGAUGGUUUCAGUUAAAUUUGUAAUGGUUAGCCAGUCACUGGAUAGGUUUACUUGGGCAGUUUUCUCCGCUCUACUAGGUGAUCAGUUUUCAUAAACUCUUAACUGAAGUCCUAUUUAUGUACUUUUUAACUUUCUUUAGCAGCUCUAGUGAGUGGCAGCUGGCUUUUAUUUUCAGGAUGUGCACUGUUCUUUAUGUGUGAUUCUGGGACCAGCUGAGGAGUGAGCGCAUGAAACCUUCCUUAGACUUAACCUUACAGCUUGGUGGUAUGAAAGCAGCAUGCUUCAAAGAUACUUUGUGUGAAACUGCUGGUGCUGGACUGGGCUUUGUUGUCUGAAGUUGACAGUGCUGUCUUUGUCCGGAUGCAGCCUCAAUUGGUAAUUCAGAACUUGCUUUCUUGUGAUUCCCACACAUGCAAAACUGCACUGGUGUAUGCCCUGGGCAGAGAAAAGUCUCAUUUUAGCAAGAUAACAGAAAAUACAUAAACAAGGUUAUUAGGGAUCUUUUGUUAAUUUGACGUUGCUUUUAUCUGAUAUGGGCAAAAAUACCAGGUAGACAGAAAGAUUCGUAUUUGUGCCCUAAUUUCCCUCUUUAAAGAGGGUGUGCCUUUCUUCAGCUGGUAUAACUGAUGCUGACACUAACUGCAAUUUUUGUAUAUCUGAGGUAUGCUUGUACUGAUACUGCUUUAGUAAACUGCAACCCAUAGAUUACAAACUGCAGUUAAUCCAAAUACUGGUGUAUGUGGCUAGUGAACCAAUACAAGAGUUCCAAAUGUUGCCUGAUUGCAGGCAACACCAAAACACCCAUUAUGCAUGAUGUUUGCAGAAGCCUAGAGACUCUGCAUAUUUUUCUUCACCAAGUGCCAUUGCCCGGAGUGUCUUUGUGUCUUUUGCACUUGUAGUAGAAGUGCUGUUCCAGAUGUGGCUCCUACGGCAGUGCCCUGCAGGCUAUGAGGGUGUAGGAGUAUUUCAUUGAGGUAACCUCUACUCACCACGUUCUGCCUUUAGUAGUAGGCCUUUAGUGUGGGCUUCACUUGCAGACAGCAAUUAACUCUGUGCCUUGUAAUUCAAGAUUAUUUUCUUUAGGUAAAUUUCAGUAACCGAGUAAAUAGAGUUUGUCAUGUUUAAAAUGUAUUUAUUUAAGCCAGUACAUGUGGGGUUUUUUAAUGCUGGUCAGGCCGAAAUCAACUGCCUAGUUACCCUGGUGCAAGCCCAUAACCUUUGCUUCAUUCAGAGAUGUACUUUUUAAAGUUUGUGAUAUGUUUGAACUGCUCUUAAAUAGACUUUUAAUUUCAACAACAGGCACCUCUUUUUUUUUUUUUUUUCUACAUAUAGUUGCAAUUUUGUACUGAAGCUACUACUGUUUUAAAAAUCUUUUACUUUUUUACAUACUGAAAUCUUUUAGUUCUGCAUCUUUUGUGGUUAUUCUUAACUGGAUUACAAUAAUUUGGUGGAGAAGAAAUCCUGUGAGCAAGUAUUAUUGCACACCCCCCCGAUGUUUCUGCAGGCUCACAGACCAGCCAUCCUGGUGUUAACUGGAAGAGAGUAUGGUGAGAUAAAAGUCAAGUACUUAUCAAUUUAUUUGAAUUGAUUACAUUAUUGAUUACAUUAUGCUAGAACACUUUAUCCCCAUCUAGAUUACUUAAUAAAUGGAUUGCACAACAGUACUGAGGAGAGUAACAUGAUAGUGAUGAAAAUGAGCAGAAAGUGAACUUUGAACACCAUCAAAAACUUUUUACUGACUUUGGAGUACCUCAUUAAUAGUCAUUAGAUGCCUUGUAUUUCUGUUGCUUUCUGCCGGGAGCAAAAGUCCUGCCGGCUGACAGCUGGUUUCCUCCAGCCUCUGCUUUUCAUGAGAAUGAGCUUCAGGAGCGCACAGAUCCAAUGAGCUUUUCCAUUCAGUGGGCAUUCUUAGUUUGUGAUUUUCCUUCCCUUUUUUUACCCCCUACAAUUCUUCGUGCAUUUGAUUGUAAUUAGUCCAGUGCUUCAGUCUACAAUCCGUUCUGUUCCUCCCACAUGUUUUGUGGUGGUGGUGGUUUUUUUUUUGUCGUUUUGUUUUUUUCUUUCCUUCUGUGGGCAGGUAACAAAUACAGACUUCGCACAAUCCCAUGGCUGGAUUUUUGUCUGUUUUCAGGAAAUGAGAAAACCUGGGUUAAGCUGUGCAGGUUUCCCAAACUGUUCAAGAUUCCUCAGUUUGUUACUGAAUAGAAAUGCAGUGUGUAUGUCUUAUUUCACAGAAGAGACUCUAUGAAGAGACCAAUUUUAAUCUUUCAGUUUGUGAAUGAUUUCUGAAAUAGUUCAGUGUUUUUUUUAAAUAUAGCUGAAGCAACCCCCAGGGAGCCGAGCAGUUUAGGAAUUCUGUGUCCAAAGGAUGUUAUGAGGCGUGCUUAGAUGUGUAAGUGCUUUCUCCGGUUUACAGCUGUAGCUAUUUCUAUGAAAUUUAAACUAGAAGAGCCUCACCGCGCUUUGUCUCUGAGUGCUAAACCUUGCUCUGUAGAAACCUCGGUGCUGCUUGGGCUGACUCUGAGAAGUGGAUGGAUCUCACAGGAGUCCUAACCACCCAGGUGGGCUGCGAGAAGCACCCGUCAGCAGUGGGAGCCCAAGACUCUUAAGUGUGGUACUGAUACAUACACUGGCAACUUGAUUUUAUACUAUAAAAGAAUUUGUAUUACAGCUAACAGUUUUAAAGGAUUUUUUUUUUUAAAUUAUGUGGAAUUAAGUUGUAAUAAAACUUUCCUCCUCUCUCUGGCUCUUGUGUUAACUCACCCUACUGUUUGUAACGCACCUGUUCUAAACGUAGUUCUUUCCUGUGGAAAGCCAGACCCCGUUUCUUAAAUGCAAUAAACGAUUUUUCGGUGCA